GUUCUUGGGAGCCUGGCAUCCGGCCCAGCCAUCAGCCUGGGGUCCGACCCCUGACCCCUGCCCCGACACACCCUUCCUCCCUGAAAACCCUGGAGCCUGACAUUGGACUGGAGACUGAAACCCGACCUCUGACCCCGUAUCUUCAGCCCCUCCCCCGCACCACUGUGACCUCACAAAAGUCUCCAGCUUCUCCACAGGCUGAGACCCUCCGCUAUGGCCCUUCUGGCCCCAGGGAGUGCUGUGCCAUCCGCCCUGGUGGCCCUCACAGUCUUCAGGGCCUCCGCCUGGGCCUGUCUCCUGUGCUUCACGUCUUACAACGAGCGCCUCCAGAUCUGCCAGAUCUUCGCCGGCCUGGACAGCCCCGACCUCGAGAAGUGUGAGGAGGCCUUAACAGACGCCUUUAAGGGCCUCCUGGACACUGAAAUCAACUACGACGAACGGAGCCAGCUGCACGACGCCUUCACCCAGAUGACCCACUCCCUGCAGGAGGUGGCCGCUGCCCAGGGGUCCUUUCGGGUUGCCUUUCCUCUUGCCGCGGAGAAAAUGCAGAAGAUUAUAUUACAGCUUAAAGAAGUCCAGGCCUGCAUCCCUCCCUGCGGACUCCAGGAGGUCGCCCGGAGUUUCCGCUGCCGAGGGUGCUACUCCACGGUCUGCGACCUCCCGCUAGACUGCCCAGUUCAGGACUUGACGGUGACUCGGGGUCAUCAGGCUAUGUUCUUUUGCACUGUGAACUUCCAGCUGCCUAAGGAAGAGAUCACCUAUUCCUGGAAGUUCGCAGGAGGAGGUCUCCGGACUCAGGACCUGUCCUACUUCCGAGAUAUUCCGCGGGCCCGAGGAUACCUGGCACGGAUCCGGCCGGUGCAGCCCACGCACCGCGGAACCUUCUCUUGCGUGAUCACACACGACCAGCGCCCCCUGGCGCGGCUCUACUUCUUUCUGAACGUGACAGGUCCGCCACCGCGCGGGGAGACUGAGCUCCAGGUCUCUUUUCGGGAAGUGUUGCGCUGGACGCCACGGGAAGGGGAGAUGAUCGAACCCUGGACGCCCAGCCUGGGCGAACUGCUGGCCAGGCCCGAGGCUCUGACGCCGGGCAAUCAGUGCCUGCUCGCGGCCGCUGUGGCCUUAGCCUCAGCCAGUGCGACCGUGCUGGCGUGGAUAUUCUUUCGUUGGUACUGCAGUGGCGACUAACAAAGGUAUCUUUUUUAUCCUAUUUCCAUCCCUAAAAUAAAGAAUCUAUUUCAGCUGUCUAGAUUCUUUCAUCUUCGAAGGUGGUCACUACCAACUUAGGAGGAAGAGCGGCACACCCCAAAGAUGCCCAGGUGUCCACGCCCCCAUAACGACGGUAAUAGGCGCAGCUGUCGCGGUGCAAGGUCCUAUACUUAGGCUUUAGGUGCAAGCCCAGACCCCUCCCCGGAUUUCUGGCAGCAUCCUGGACAUUUCCACCUGCAGCAGUCACCCUUAAAGAGUCCUUGAUGUCGCCCUGAAAGCCUGUUCCUCCCCCAAGACUUUCUUGCUGUCAUAAAGGCUACCAUCAUCCACCCAGCUGCUCAACCAGAAACCGAAGUUGCGUUUAAUUCCUCCUCCACUUCCGAUCUAGUUCCAAAUCUCAGCCUUUUCAGUUCCUCUCUCUCUGGU